AGGAAUGUCUGCAUGUCGGAAUCCGUCCUGCGGACAGGCAGCAGCUUGCACACAGAAAGUCGCGCUGUGAGUCUCACAGAACAGCAGCACCGGCUCCUCGCCCGGUUGUCUGGCAUGAAGUUGGAAGAAAACAACUUGAAAAUAUAUCCACACGGAGACUGAAUAUUCUUAGUGAAUUAAGGGCAUCGCCAGAAGGCGGCGCUGUCCAGCACCGGGAUCAGAGUGUAGACAAGACGACGACAAUCAACAACCGUCAGUCGGAAUCAGAAUGGCUACAGGUUGGGAAAUUAAAUCGGGUACAGAAAGUACUCAAGUGGUUUUUACCAGGCAACUCAUCGAGGGAAAAUGAUCGGGACACGGGAAGCAAGGUUCCAAAGCAGGGUCAGAUUGAGAGCAAUGUCCCAAUGGAAUGCGGUCCGGCCGCAGAGGAGGAGAAGCAAAUUCAGCCCAGAGACAGUGACGUCAGAGACACUGAGCAGGACCCUGGAACCAGCACAAGUGAGGCGACUGCCUGUCAGCUCGGAAACUCAUUAAACACGGAAUUGUCGAGUGCCCAACAGGGAGUGGAGUUUACAAUCUCCGACCUCCUGGCAGAGGGGGGCGAGUAUCGACUGUACCAACUGACCAAGUUCUACAGGGACAGACUCAAACAUGCAAUUGAAGAGAAAGUUGAACGACUCGGUUGGAUGUUGACAAAGGAUGGACAUUUCAGUAGAGAAGAAAAUGAGAAAGUCACUGAACUGACGGAGAAGGGAAACCGGACAGAGAGUUCCAGACUCUUCCUCAGUUUGGUGAAUGGCAAAGGCUCCCGGGCCCGACGGGCGAUGUGGGAAUCCUUUGUGAUGUGGAGGACUGAGUUACCGAAGCUGGACAGGAUACUGAGGGAGAUACAGGAGCUCGGUCCUGACCCAGAGGAAUACAUGAACAUCGCACAAGGGUUGUCUGAGUUACCCACUGAACUGACAGAUGUUCAACAGAAACACAAGGAGACUCUGCGGGCACAAACUGAAACACUGAGAGUGAACACAAUCCUGAUGAGGGAGAAGGUGAAGGUUUUCCAGCUGCUUGAUCGAUACACAAAGCUCACGGUCAUUUCUACUGUUCGAGAUCGGACACUGGUGGAACACGAGCUGCUGGCAAGAGGCAGAGACCACGAGGAUUAUAGAGAGAAACAUCUCCGUGGAGCGUUAGAAAAAAUAGAGACUGCUCAGUUAUUCCACAGCAGUUUUUCCCGGAGAAAAUCCAAAUCUGGCAGUUCUGCAGCAGUAGCCGGAGUGCCAGGAAUCGGGAAAACAACAAUGGUACAGAAGAUUGUUUAUGACUGGGCCGCAGGGAAAAUAUUCCAACAAUUCCAGUUUGUCUUCAGUUUCAAAUUCCGGGAUUUAAACUCUAUUAACUGCAGAAUAAACCUGAGGGAACUGAUUCUGGAUCAAUAUCCUUACUUUGGGAAUAUCCUGAGAGAGGUCUGGAAGUACCCAGAGGCAUUGCUGUUUAUAUUCGAUGGUUUGGAUGAAUUCAAGCACACAAUCGAUUUUGCGGACAGUCGGAGAGAUACAGAACCAAAGCACCAGUGCCCAGAUCCCGAGUGGUGGUGUGAAGUGUCGGACAUUGUGUACAGUUUAAUCCAGGGCAAGCUGCUCCCAGGGUGUUCAGUGCUGGUGACCACCCGCCCCACUGCGUUACAUUUAUUGGAAAAGGCGGAGAUCAGUGUCCUGGCUGAAAUCCUGGGAUUUGUUGGUGAGGAACGGAAGGAAUAUUUCAUUAAGCAUUUUGAAGAUCAGAUGGUAGCAGCAGCUCUUUUCAAACACGUGCAGGAGAACGAGAUCCUGUACACCAUGAGCUACAACCCCUCCUACUGCUGGAUCCUCGCUCUGGCACUGGGCCCCUUCUUCACACAAAGAGUCAGGGACCCGCAAAGAGUUCCCAAGACCAUCACCCAACUGUACUCCUACUAUAUUUACAAUAUCCUAAAAAAUCACGGCCGUGAGAUUGAGAGACCCCGUGAUGUGUUUCUCAGGGUGGGUCAGAUGGCCUACAGAGGAGUGUCCGAGAAGAAGAUUGUGUUUGCAGACGGAGAUUUGAUCAACUACAGUCUGCAGCCUUCCCAGUUCCUGUCCGGGUUCCUGAUGGAGCUUUUGGAGAGAGAGGAUUCUGCCCACAGCGUGGUGUACACAUUCCCACACCUCACCAUCCAAGAGUUUGUAGCUGCAGUCGCACAAUUCCUGACUGUACAUCCCCAGGAUAUCCUGAAAUUCCUCAAUGAAGCCCACAAGACACAAGAUGGGCGAUUUGAGGUAUUUCUCCGCUUUGUUGCUGGUCUCUCCAACCCAAUGACAGCUCGGGGCCUGGAGGAGUUUCUGGGUCCAUUUCCUCAUCAAACAACCUGCCGGGUGAUUGACUGGGUGAAGGAGGAGGUUAAACGCCAGAGUGGAAACACUGGUGACACUGGUAGAAGGAGACUCCUGAACACAUUGCACUACCUGUUUGAGUCUCAGAAUCGUGGACUGGCUCAGGCCGCACUGGGAUCUCUGAAAACACUUUCAUUCCGUGGAAUGACACUGACCCCGGUUGACUGCGCGGUCCUGUCUCAUGCCAUCGGACUCUGUGAUACUAUAAAAGAACUCGACCUGCAGGGCUGCCACAUUCAGUGUGAAGGAAUCCAGCGGCUGGGACCCGGGCUGAACAAGUGCCAGGAGUUGAGACUUGGGGUGAAUGACCUGGGAGAUUCAGGAGUGAAACUGGUGUUGUCGGCUCUGAGGAACCCGGAGUGUAAAAUACAGACACUGUGGCUGGAGGAUGUCGGUCUCACAGAUUCUGGGGCCGAGGAUCUCGUCUCCGCUCUCAGUACAAAACCAUCACUGACGGAGCUGGACCUGAGUGGUAAUAAACUGGGAGAUUCAGGAGUGAAACUGGUGUCUGCGGCUCUGAGGAACCCGGAGUGUAAAAUACAGACACUGUGGCUGGACAGUGUCGGUCUCACAGAUUCUGGGGCCGAGGAUCUCGUCUCCGCUCUCAGUACAAACCCAUCACUGACGAGGCUGGACCUGAGAUCAAACUCUCUGACAGACCGAUCUGUCCCCGGUCUCCGCCGCCUCAUACUGACCCUCCCGAGUCUGAAGCUGAUCGGGCUGUACGGGAAUCGGUUCAGUGAGACUGGGAUGAAGGAACUGAGAUCUCUGCAGGGAGUCAGACCCGGACUGAGAGUGUGGAUCUGAAUGUGUGAACAUCCCCGCCCGCGGGAUGGAGCCGAUUCCCCCCUCCCCUUUAACUACCCCUCCCCCUCCCCUUUAACUACCCCUCCCCCUCCCCUUUAACACUCCGCCCUCCCCUUUAACUCCCCCUCCCCUUUAACUCCCGCCCUUACCUUUAAUGGCCGCGCGCCGGGGCUGAUUCCCAACGGUUUUAACGGAACUGGCUCCGGUCUCGAGCUCGGUGAUCUGGGAAGCGCUCCCGCCGUGACGUAUUUCCGCCCGCUGUCCGGCGGCGCCACUUCCGCCGGAUGUGCGGGUCCGAGACUCUCCCGCGUGCCACCCCGGGGAAUUCCCCGGACGGGAGGAGCCCGGGGGGCCGGGGCUCAGUCUGGGACACCGGUGUCCCGGGAGAGAAUCCUUUUGCCCCCUCUGCUGAGGACGGGGCAUUCGGCUGUCUGGCCGAUAUAAUGGUGUUAAAUUGACAAAUACCUCGGCAAUGACCCUGGAUCCGCAGCGAUCCCGGACACGGCCCCGGAGUGUGAUUGGAUGCAGAGUGACGGGGAGGAACGGGACUGAUUAAUCUACCGGUCACCCGUUGUCGCCGGUCAGUUAAUUGUGAGUGACUGUGAGUGAGGACGGGGCAUUCGGCUGUCCGGCCGAUAUAAUGGUGUUAAAUUGACAAAUACCUCGGCAAUGGCCUUGGAUCCGCAGCGAUCCCGGACACGGCCCCGGAGUGUGAUUGGAUGCAGAGUGACGGGGAGGAACGGGACUGAUUAAUCUACCGGUCACCCGUUGUCGCCGGUCAGUUAAUUCUGUGUGACUGUGAGUGAGUCGGGAACAGUGUGGCGACCCACUUUCUGCGCAGGCGCACCGGCUCACAAAUACCCAGGGAGUAAAUGCCAGCACCAGGAAGUUUGAAUAAACUAGUCUGGAACAGAUUUACCGACUGCGUGUCGUUGUCUCUAACUCUGUAUGUAGUACAUCGCUGCAACAGCUUAUUUAUUCCCGCAAGUCAGCAGCUCACAUACUGUUUAAUUUGCAUUUAUCAUGAUGAAAUCAAUAAACCGCUGUAACUUCC